AUUACGAAGCCGACUCCCAUUGCCAGCAGCAUUUCAGCUUGUGUGUUUUUGGCUUUGGCUCUCUCAGUGUUUUGUUUCUGCUUUUUGCUUUGCUUUGCUUUGCUUACUGCUCGGCUCUCAGUUCGUUUUCAACGCGCAUUCAAGGCGGACGUCUAAUUUUUUCGUGUCGUGAAGCGUUCAUUUUUUGUCGCCAACGCGUCGCCGUCGCUCGGAGUCGGAGCCUCAAAACAUUCGCAUUUUGCUACAGAUUUAAAUGAGUUUCAAGUGCCAAAAGCAUUAAAUAUUAUUUGCUUAGUUAAUUGCAAACUGCAGUGAGUAAAUAAAAGCAAAAAAAAAUCUGGACGAAGUCGGCAAAAAAGAAAAGGGAACAAAACGGACACAGCUUCCUUUUACGACCGAGUGAGUGAGCAAGCAGCAAAACGUGAAAUGCAAAUUACAGCAAUAAUAAUAACAACGACAACAGUAACAACAGCAACAAAAUCAUCGACAACAAAACACUUUCGCGUGUGAGACACAACGAAAAUUGCGCGCCAAAAAAUCAGCAGCAAAACAAAAGGAUUUAAAAAUCACGCACACACACAACAACAGAAAAAAGAAGAUAAAUACCAAUACAAACAACAAGGCACGCACAAGCAGCUGAGAGAGCAGAAGCAGUCGAUAAAGCAACAACAAAAAUAACUGCGCUAGCAGCAUCAACAACAACAAUCAAAACAGACGACGAAAACGAAAACCAAAAAGAAAUUCCAGUUUUAUCUUGCGCCGCCAAAUUCACCACAGCAAAGGACGCUGAGAGAAGGCGACGACACUUGAAGCAUUUUGUCGUCUGAGUAGUGAUACAACGUCGCGCGCACAGAGCUUGACUGAGAUCGACACAGCUGGCACCACAAUGAUGUCCAUGUCGAGUUCACCGCCAGCCACGCCCACCGGUGUGCAGACCGAUUCCGAUGGUCUCAUAUUGCCAAAGAAACUGAUCAAUCCCUGCAUGGAGAGCACCGAUCGCAAAGAGCUGCAUCGCGAGCUCAAGUUCAAUGCGAGAAUUGGCAAGAGCGUGUUGAACCAGAAGACGGAGCUGCAGCGAGCGUAUGAGAAGCAAAAGGAGCGACAUGCGGCGGCCGAGCAGCAUUCACCGGAAGCGGAACUGGUUGGCGGGAUACCCGGACUGAAGGGGGAGCUGGGACGUGUGAUCAUGGAGCGGGCCCAGAAGCACGAGGCGGCAGCCCAGCGACAGGAUGCCGAGGAGGCUGAGGAGCGUCAGUAUGUGAAUCCCGAGUAUCUGAAUGUGCGUGCCAAGCUGCGUACGGCGCAUGCGCCCAAUUAAACUAAGCUAAAUCAAGAAAACAAAACAACAAACAACAAAAAAACAAAACAAAACAAAA